AUUAGUUGUUGCCUUGAGACUCAAGUACAAAAGAAAAAGAAGAGCAGCUCCAUAAAACCAAAUUGUGAUUUGGGAAUAAAGAAGACAAGCAACAGAAAAUGAAUCAUUUCUUCAUUGCACUUAGCGUUGCAGUAAUUGCAUCUGCUCAAGUCUAUGGUGGUUACUCUUCCGGUGGUGGUUACUCUUCCGGAGGCGGAUACCAACACCAAGCAAUGGGUGGUGAUGGUGGUGCUGGUGAAUUCCAAUUGCAAGGUGCCGCUCAUGGUGCUGGACUAGGUGGUGGUCUUGGAGCAGGGCUCGCUGGUGAUGGUGCUAGUUCGGCCAGUGCUGGUGCUUCAGCUAAUGCUGGUGAUGCUGCUGCUGGUUUUGCCAGUGCUGCACCUUCUGCUUUUGGCAGUAAUCAAAAUAUUCCCUAUCAACCCGCCAACACUAGAGGCAACAGUGUCUCCUCCUCCAUUUCUUAUCCCAACAACAAAGGUGAAAUUCUUAUACACCGUCCCGCAGCCAUUAUUGUCAAACGCCCUCCCACUAAGGUCGUAGUCAAUCAUCCUCCACUAGUCGUCAAACCCGCCCCAGUUGUUUUACACAAACCCCCAGCAGUUGUUGUACGCAAGGUGUUCGUCAAACAUCACCCACGUCCUGUCAAGGUUGAGCCUGUGUAUGUCAAUGUUGUUAAGCCUCCAGCAGAGAAAUACUUUGUCAAUGAGAAACAACAAGCUGCUUUCGCUCCUCAAGCUGGUUUUGCCCCCGUCAAUGUAAAUGCAGGUUUUGCACCAAUUGGUGCCAUCAGCGGCCUCGGUGGUAAUGGUUUUGGUGCCGGUUCUGGUGGUGCUGGUGCUGGUGCCUCAGCUCUAUCUGGAGGUGGUGCGGCUGGUUUUGCUGGUGCCGUGCCUGGCGCUGGUGUUGAUAGUGCGGCCAAUGCUGGUUACCAAUUGUUACAAAACAAUCAAGGUUUAGCCGCUUUGGCUAAUCUUUCUGGUUCGGGUGGCUACGGAGCUGCUGCUCCUUCAUACAGCCAACCCGCUUACAAUCCCCCAUCAUAUUAA